CUUCGAGAAUCAGCAUCCGCCGAAGCUCUCCAAACGUGAAGGUAACGCUGCUUGAAUUCUUCAAUGCGAUCUUCAGAGAACUUCAAAUGUUACAGUGAAGACUGAGACGUUCAAAUGCCACCUAUUAAUGAAAUCCCAGCUGGGGACCCAUGUGAGCCAAGCUCCCAGAGUCAGAAGGUCAAAGAAUGCUUGAAUCCUUUCAAGUUGUCCACACAAGAUCUAAACUUGGUCUCAGAGCGGCUCUUAAAAGAAAUGGAAAAAGGGCUCAAGAAGAAAACACAUGAUAGUGCAACAGUGAAGAUGCUGCCCACCUAUGUGAGACACACACCAGAUGGCACAGAGACAGGAGAUUUUCUGGCACUAGAUCUGGGUGGGACAAACUUCCGAGUUCUUCUUGUUAAAGUGAAUGCAGAUGGUAAAAGAACCGUGAAGCUGGAAAGUGAAAUCUGUGCAAUUCCUCAGGAAAUCAUGGAGGGCACAGGCAAGGAGCUCUUCAACCACAUUGCAGACUGCUUGGCUCGAUUUCUAGACUCAAGAAAUAUCAAGGACAAGAAGCUACCUUUGGGUUUCACUUUCUCCUUCCCUUGUAAGCAAAUCGACUUGGACAAGAGUGUGCUGAUACGCUGGACAAAGGGGUUCCAGUGUAGUGGAGUGGUUGGCAAAGAUGUGGUGCAGUUGUUAAGAGAAGCCAUUCAAAGAAGAGGGGAUUUUGAUAUUGGUUCAGUCGCUGUAGUGAAUGACACAGUCGGGACAAUGAUGAGCUGUGGAUACAAAGAUCCUGAGUGUCAGAUUGGUUUGAUCAUUGGUACUGGGACAAAUGCCUGCUACAUGGAAGAGCUGCAAAACGUAGAACUAGUGGAUGGAACUGAGGGGCUCAUGUGUAUCAACAUGGAGUGGGGUGCUUUUGGGGAUGAUGGGGAGCUUGAUGAAUACCGGACCAAGUUUGACAAAGAGGUAGAUGCUCAGUCAGUCAAUCAAGGGAAGCAGAUAUUUGAGAAGAUGAUCAGUGGGAUGUACAUGGGAGAGAUAGUUCGCCUCAUCCUGAUAGACCUGGCUAAAGAGAAUGUCCUGUUCAAGGGAAUGGUACCUGCUGCCUUGCAGAUGAAAAACAGUUUUGAAACCCGACAUAUCUCCGAAAUUGAAGCGGACACCAGUAGCCUGGCUGAAGCUCACAAGAUUCUUACUAGUCUGGGUCUGGAACCUAGUGACGAUGACUGUGAAUUGGUUAGGAGUGUUUGCAGUGCCGUGUCCACCCGCUCUGCAGACCUUUGUGCAGCUGCCCUUGCAGCAGUCUCUGAUCGCAUCCGUCAAAACCGUGGUGUGGACCGCCUUAAAAUCACAGUGGGUGUGGAUGGCACUGUGUACAGGAAGCAUCCCAAGUUUGGCUCACAUCUGCAAUGCAGAAUCAAGUCACUGGCCCCACAGUGUGACGUCACCUUCAUGCUUUCAGAGGAUGGCAGUGGCAAGGGAGCUGCCCUGGUUGCGGCAGUGGUGCAAAACAAAAACAUGUGCAGCUAGAAGAUGGAGUACCUCUAGCAGAUAUAAUUAAAAAAGUUACUGGAAGCAAAAAAUUACAGCUAUUUAUUAUUUAUUGCGCUGGUAAUAUGCAGUAUUUGGAGUAGUUCCAGUUUCAGCUGAAACAUCUGCUCCUCUCAAAUUGCAUUUUCUUCUUUAAGUGGAAUUAUGUUGAAGCAUAUUUAAUGUGCAAUUAACAGUAUUAAUUAAAGUAAAUAAAAGUUGUUGUUUGAUCA